CAGUGAAGCCUGGUCGAGAUCAGAUCUGCCCCUCUAUCGAUUAGACGUCUACUUAUUACUUUCUUGACAUGAGUAAGCCAACAUUUAUGACAGUUUUGAAAUAUAGCUUUAAUAACAACUUCGACAACGUCCAUCUAGCUUGGGUACCUAGCCAGUGACAUCAACACCAUCAUCUCGAUACCCCCCCCCACCUUUAAACUUCCCAUCUUCAACCUCACAUACAAAAUGGCCUUCAAAGACAAAUCCUCCUACAUCGCCCUCGGCUGCGAAGGCUCCGCCAACAAACUCGGAAUAGGCGUCAUUCUUCACACCCCAACCAAGACAAAAAUCCUCUCCAACCUGCGCGACACCUUCGUAUCUCCCCCAGGAACCGGCUUCCUCCCCAAAGACACAGCAGCCCACCACCGCGCCCACUUCGUCCGUCUCGCACGCGAAGCCCUCGCCGAAGCGAAGAUCACCCCCAAAGAUGUCGAUUGCAUCUGCUACACGAAAGGUCCGGGUAUGGGCGCCCCGCUGAAUUCUGUCGCUGUUGCAGCGAGAGCAUUGAGUUUACUCUGGGAUAGACCCCUUGUUGGCGUGAACCAUUGCGUGGGACAUAUCGAGAUGGGGAGAUAUAUCACUGGCGCUGAUAAUCCGGUUGUGCUAUACGUUUCGGGUGGUAAUUCGCAGGUGAUUGCGUAUGCCGAGCAGCGAUACAGGAUAUUUGGCGAAACACUGGAUAUAGCAGUUGGAAACUGUCUCGAUCGAUUCGCUCGCACGUUAGAAAUCAGCAACGAUCCCGCACCAGGAUAUAAUAUCGAACAACUCGCCAAGAAGGGGAGCAAGCUCCUCGAUAUUCCCUACGCAGUCAAGGGCAUGGACUGUUCGUUCUCUGGGAUUCUAGCCUCAGCGGAUGCACUUGCUGCACAGAUGAAGGCCGGCGCAGAUUUCACACCAGAAGAUUUAUGUUUCUCACUGCAAGAGACGGUAUUCGCGAUGUUGGUUGAGAUUACAGAGCGGGCUAUGGCGCAUGUUGGCUCAUCGCAGGUUCUCAUUGUGGGAGGUGUGGGCUGUAAUGAGAGGUUGCAGGAGAUGAUGGGACAUAUGGCAAGAGAGCGAGGAGGGUCAGUUUAUGCUACUGAUGAGAGAUUCUGUAUUGAUAACGGAAUCAUGAUUGCGCAUGCUGGUUUGUUGGCGUAUGAGACAGGAUUUAGGACGUCUUUGGAGGAGAGUACAUGUACACAGAGAUUCAGAACUGAUGAGGUCAUUAUCAAAUGGAGAGACUGAACUCUCCAGUAAAUAAUAAAAAAGAACAAGAUCACAAGGAGUUGUCAUCG